CUGACCUAACCACAGACAACGCAGCGCAUACCAAGAAUAUUCGACCUGGCAGAACAGAUUGCCUGCAUUUUCGCGGUGACAUGACUAAAAAAAAUAUUUAAGACCCACCCAAUCUGAAUUUAAGACAAUUUCAUACUUUUUAAGGCCUUAUUUUUAGGAAAAGUGAUUCAAGACUUUUAAGGACCAGCGGCCACCCUGAGGACACUGCCAGAAUAAUAGUUAAACGUCACAGAACACAUAAUUCUACUCAAACAUGGAUGUGGUGAUCAGACAGGACCUCUGUGAUGAAGAGAAGAGCUACAUUCAGAAGAGGCUUCAAAUAGUAGGUGACUGUCUGCGCAGUCACGGCAUUGUCUGUAAGCCUGAUGAAGUACCUCGUGUUGCACUACUCAGCUCUGGUGGAGGAGAGAGGGCCCAUAUCUCCUUUCUGGGUGUCCUACGUCAACUGGGGCAGGACAAUCUCCUGGACUGCUUCCUCUACAUGGCUGGAGUGUCUGGAUCCACAUGGGCCAUGUCUUCACUGUAUGCUGAUGCCCAUUGGUCGAAAAACGCGAAGGUCACAAUCAGCAGUGUCCUGAAGAGCAUAUCUGAGGGGGGAGACAUGGCAUUUUCCGAGGGUGUGCAGUGGAUCAGGAAGAGAUAUGAGGAGGGGGAUCUGUCCCUCUCGGAUGCCUGGGGAGUGAUGACUUGUGUUAUCAAAGGUGUACCGCUGGAGACAAGGACCCUGUCUGAUGAGGGAUCCAGAGGCCGAGAUGGUGCCAAUCCAUACCCACUCUACAGUGCUAUAGACCGGGCAUUCUUUGACAAGGACAAAGCGAAAAGGAAAGAGUUGUGGUUUGAGUUGAGUCCCCAUGAGGCAGGGUUCACGGAACCUGGGGCUUUUGUUAAGACAUCCCUGCUGAAACAGGACUUUGAGGGAGGAUGUGUAAAAUACUCUCCUAAGAGGAAGCCAAUGGACAUGGUUCAACUGCAAGGGAUUUGUGGAAAUGUUUUUGGAGAUGAGAAGCAAAACCAGAAACACAUCCUGGAUUGGAUCAAAAAAUCACUUUUGCCAAGGUCGCAAGGUGAAGCAGCCCCACUGUCAGGUGUGCUUAAGAUUGUGAUGGCACUGGUUGAAUUGGUGGAAUGUCCCCAUAACAUGGAUCAUUGCCACACAGUGUUGGCCAGGUUGAAAUCUGUUCUCGGAGAGGACUAUGGAAAAUUCAGCACCACACUCCUUGAACUGGAUCAUGAGAUGUGGACAGACAUGGAUGACCAGAAGAGGAAACAGCACAUGGAGAAUAUCUUUGAAGAACUCAUAGGAUCAGCAGAGGAGUGGGGCCAGGAGUUGAACAAUCUUAAUAACAAACUAACUGAUGUGUGGUGGGUCAUUAAACACAUCUUGCCAUUAUUCAAUGAAUGGCAAUUUGGAAACGUGGCCAAUUUCCUCUACCAAAUCAACGAGCCCAAGAUUCCUGAGGAAAUGUGCAAGGAGGACACGAUGCACCUGAUAGAUGCAGGGCUCUUCCUGAACUCUCCGUAUCCAUCCGUGCUGAGAGAGGCGAGAGAUGUGGACAUCAUAGUGUCCUUUGACUUCAGUGAGGAUGCUCCUUUUAAGUCAUUAAAGGGAGCCUGGAAUUAUGCAGCCGCCAACCAAAGAGCCUUUCCCGACAUAGACUUUAAGGCUCUGAACCCUGAGUCUGACUGUCCAAAGUCCUUCUAUGUUUUUGAGGAAGAAGGGAAGCCAACGGUGAUCCACAUCCCCCUCUUCAACAUUAGGAAUUGCAAAGAUGAGGCCACCAUCCAACAGGAAUGGAGGGAAUACGCCACCUUUCAGAUGACCUACAGGGGCAAAAAGAAGAUUGACCACCUGGCAGAUCUGGCUGCAGAAAAUGUGAACAGAGACGGCAUCCUGAAAGAGAUCCGAAAAGCAGCAGAGAGACGCAAGGCCAAACAUUGAGAACACACACACACACACACACAUGCACACACACACACAUAAGCAAACAAGGACACAAAAAUUAGUACAGCUAGGAUUUCAUUCAUUUCUAUAUGUUACAGUUUUUUUCAAUUGUUUACACGCAAUUUUGAAAACUGGGUUAUUUUUUUCAAAAUAUAAUCACAAUUAUCCAAACACCACACCCAAUUUGCAUAAUUCCUAGAUUGUUUGCAAAAUGACACACUUCAGUCAAAACAUACACACUGCUGUGAUAAAUAAAAAAACACAUUUGUAAAAAAAAAAAAAAUAGGAAAUAGCAUGUGCUAGAUUUUUAGCCAGACAUUGUUAUGUAAGGCAUAAUUUAGAUGACAAUAGUGACAAACCCACAACAUUCUUCAUGAUUAGUUUGAGAUAUACUGUAGGGAGAAUGUACACAAAUAGGCCUACUAUAAACCUACCAAGCACUGCACAACCCUAAUGUUGCAGACUGAAUAUUUCAAGUAUUUAUUUCAAUACUUACAGUAUUUUUUACCAUAAUCAGUUACAGUACAGUAAUCAACCAACAAUGAAAUCAAUGAAACAAAUAAAAUCUGUAGACAAAUAAAACAUACUUCAUGAAGUACAUACACUUUGACUCUGAAGAAAAACUAAGCAACAAGAAUACUGUAACUAUUCAUCAUCUCUCUGCCUCUUCCUCUAUCUCCUUCUUCUCCUCUUCCUCUACCUAAGCCUCCUCCUCUACCUCCUUCUCUU